AUGGACAUCCCGGCGACGAUGCGCUCGCUCGUGGCGACGCGAAAGGGCGGACCCGAGACCUAUGAGCUGCGAGAGCUGCCGGUGCCGAGCAUCACGAUGCCGACGCAUGUGCUCCUGAGGAUCCACGCGGCAGGCGUGAACACGGGGGAGCUCAAGGCUGCCAACGGGGAGCUGGGACUGUUUUACAAGCCAACUUAUCCAACGCAGCUCGGCAUGGAGGGCGCCGGCGUCGUCGUGGCCGUAGGAAGCGCCGUCAAGGAGCUCAAGGUCGGCGACGAGGUGUACGGGGCCUACAUCGACAAGCCCAUGUUCCUGCUCCCGCCGCCGGGGUUCCUGUCCGACUACGCGCUGGCCGAGGAGCGCUUCCUGCUGCGCAAGCCGGCGCACCUGUCGUUUGAGGAGGCGGCGGGCAUGGCGACGCUGGUCACGACGUCGUACCAGACGUGGCGGCGGGGCCUGCAGCUGCUGGGCGCGGAGAGCCUCGCGGGCAAGACGGUCUUCAUCCCGGCCGGGCUGAGCGGGACGGGGGCCAUGGCGGCGCAGACGGCGCGCAACGUGUUUGGCGCGACGCACAUCAUCACGACGGUGUCGACCAGGAAGCUGCCGCUGGUGGACGAGUACCUGCCGGGCGUGUACGACCGCGUGAUUGACUACCAGACGCAGCGGCCGAGGGACGUGGUGAGCCCGGGCAGCGUGGACAUCAUGUACAACACGCAGUGGGACAGCAUGGACGACGGCAUCCCGCUGCUCAACCCCGCGACGGGCGUGCUCGUGUCCAUCUCGAGCACGCCGGCCCGGGCGACGGCGAAGAAGAUCAUCGGCGAGGAGCGGUGGCGGUGGUGGGUCGGCCUGCUGCUGGACCUGUCGCAGCUGGUGUACUGGUGGAAGCUCCGGGGCACGAGCAUCCGGUACGAGAUGGUGUCGGGCAGCCUCGAGAUCCGCGAGGACCUGGAGAGGGCGGGCGAGAUUGUGGCGCUGGGCAAGGUGAAGGCGGUGAUGAGGGUGGUGGCCCUGGGGGACCUGGAGGCGGUGCGGAAGGGGUGCGAGGAGGUUGUCUCGGGCAAGGGAGGGAUUGGGAAGCUGGUGGUGAGGGUUGUGUAA